GAGAGAGAGAGACAGAGAGAGAGAGACAGAGAGAGACAGACAGAGACAGAGACAGAGACAGAGACAGAGAGACAGAGAGAGAGAGACAGAGAGAGACAGAGAGCAGGGUCCCUGCAGUCCGACCCACAGCUGUAGAAUGUAAACAAACGAUGUUGGUUCAGAUUUCUUAGUUGUUAAGUAGUUUUCAUUGUGACGAAGAGGCUGAUUUUAUUGCUCUAAAUCUAGUCUGGACGUGCUGACUGGAGGUGCUGCGGGUGAAGAUUUGUUUGAUUCAUUAUUAUGUAAGAAAGGCACCUGAUGCUCACAUUUUACUGGACGAUGUGUAGACUGAAAACAUAACAACACUCAGUGAAACAACCAAAACUAACAAUGUUUCACUCUGAGGUCACAUCUCAUCAGAUAUUUAAUCUCCACAUCAUAAUUUCACCUGCUGGAAACCAUGAAAACAUUUUCCAGGUGUUGAUGACACUGAUAUAUAAAACUCCAAGUUGUCUCUUACGUUCCCACACUUACAUCGUGUCGACGACUUUAAUGUAACGGGAACAGACGUGAACAUUGUCUUUGCGUUCAGCCGUGAUGUUUAUAACCAGACUGUCUGGAACCUGUGAGGACUCAGCUGAACUGAAGUUAAACGAGUUUUGUCAGGUGGCAGAUUAACGGGUCCCUGCGAGUUUCAUCAGGUUUCCUCCUUCUGUCCUUUUUAAAUAUGACCAACGUUGAUAAUUUAUUUUAUUUUUAAAACUUUUAACUUUGAUUUUAGUGGCAGUUGUGCAGCUCUACCUGUAGGGCCUGUCUGUGAGGUGAACACCAGUGUUCCCAGUAGAACACCACUGUGUGUAGAGUAACCCGGGAUGAAGACCACUUUGGACUGAUGAUGAUGAUGAUGAUGAUGAUGAUGACUCUUAAAUACAUUCAAGUGUUUCUCACACACACAGUUUAUUUGGGCGGUCCACUCGGAAUGAUUUCAACGUUUGUAUUAUUUAGAAAAUCAUUUCUGUAUUAUUUUAUUUAAAAGUGGUGGAGGCAGACAGAGCUGCAGUCGAAGGAGGUUUAACUGAACUUUCUGCUUUUCUGAAGGUCUUUCCAGAAUCAUCAAACACUCUUCAGACAUCCAAUUGGUAAAAUAUGAAUCUGCUGCACCAAAAACAAGAUAUUUAAGUUUAUGUUUCACACAAAAACAGAAGCCAGAGCAACACGAAACAAGAUUAAUUCGAUCAGUAUCAGAUUAGUUUACGUGGAUGUCACAGUGUGUUAUUUUAUAUUUUCAUUUAUUCACAUGUUGUUUCAUGAAUCCUCAGUGUUGAACUUCACGUGACGUUUCAUUCAGUCGUGUGUCUUUGAACAGAUGAAAUCAGGAGUGAUUGAUUAAUUCCUGUUCAUUUGUCCAAAGUAGAUGCAGCAGUGAAACGUGUCCCCGGCAGCUCUGUCCCACAUUGAAUAAAGCAUUUAGUUUAAACAUUUGUCGAGGGUGGACCGCCAAAAUACUUUCUCUUCCUGUUGGAAACUCUGAUGGACGCAGUCUUCUGCCUCUGCGUCAUCACGUCUGCACAGACUGCAGAAGUUCUGGUCAGUUCAGCUGGCGGCCUUCAUGCCUGAGUGUACAUUAGAUCCUCCCUGUGAAUGCAAUAACUGUUGUGUCAUCCAGCCAAAACUCUGAAUGUGUCCGAAACAUCACGUCUGUUGAUUUGCAGCAUCCAUGUGAAAUGUUCGGAGGUUUGAAAACGGCAGUAUUUACGUCAUAAUGUUGCUAAAAACACAGAUGAAUGUCUGCAGACUGCUCUCCAACCAAAGUUCAUCCGUCUGUUUGUUUGUAAAUCUAUUUUUCAAGAAGCGCCUGAUGACAUGUUCAUGUUGUAGCCUUCAAUAAAUGGACCAGAACCACUGCUAACUGUAACCACGCUGUCUGUGAGCAGCAGAACCGAGCGGGAGCUGCUGAUGUCGAUCUACAUUUUUGUUUUCUUCUUCUUUCAGUGUAUUUAUGUUUUUAUGUCGUGGAAUCAGUUACUGCAGAAAUAUGAACAUGUUUACAACAUUUAAAACAUAUGAACAAUCAAUAAGAAUCAUAUUGUUAUUGGAAAAUGUAACUCUGAUAGACUUUUUUGUUUUUGAUUUAAAAAAAGGAAAAACAUACAGGUAAACUUAAAGGAGCAGUUCACCCAAACAGUCAAACUCAGUGAUCGUCUCCUCCAAAUAUAACAGAGAAAUGAAAAAGCUUUUAUGAAGGAACUUCAGAGUGUUUGAAAACAACUUGAUUUUACUGGCGCUGGAACAAACGACAGAGCAGCUUCUUUCCUCAGGUCAUCCUCAGCACGCCGCCGUGAAAACAAAGUUGACAGUUAUUAAGAAUAACUGUCAGCUGGUUUGUUAAAUCAUAAAAGUCGUACCAACUAGAUCAUCUCUGAAAAAUCCUGGAGCAGGAACCCUGUGACAGUGGCCCUCAUCGUCUCCUGUCCUGUGACGUCAGUGAUGGAGGGUAAAAUCCACCGUCCUCAUGCUGAAAAGAUCUGUCGUAAGAUUUACCUUCAGCCAAAGUCAGUGAACACAUCACUGACUUUAAUACAUUGUUCUUCCUGUUGAACAGACAAGUGUCAGUCAUGAGUCUGAAGGAUGAGUUUCCAUGUGUCAGAGUGUAUCUGCAGAUCAAACUACAUAUCUGUAAAUGGCCCUUUAUUGCCUUCAGAAAGUUAUCAGUGCAUGAGUUAUUACUCUCUGGUUCCUUGGGUGCAACUGUUGACUGGAACCAGGUUAUCUCUGCUCAGAGAGGCGGAACAGGAUCAACCGGUUUGUCCUGGCAGCUCCAGUACCUGAACGCCUCCCGGGAGUCAGAGUCAGUUGAGCCGGACAUCAGAGACAUGUUCACAGUCCGAGUGGGAAGAAGAAAAAUGCCGAGACAAAAGUUCAGAAGCCUUUUGAAGAUCUUGAUGGUGCUGGUGCCCGUGGUCAUGGUAUCCAUGCUCAUCCUGCAGCAGUACAACAACCCAUUCAUAAGUGAGUGGCGACGGGCUUUGUAUGUAGAUGUUGACGUGGACGAGUCCAGUCGGACCUCCGAGAAGCUCCCCAAAGACACAGAUGGAGGCUGUUUCAUGGACACACACUGUCCAGAUGAUCACUUCAGCUUCUACAUGAAGAGCGGAGCCGAGAAUGUCAUGGGACCAAAGAUCUGCAUCCAAAACAAAGUGGUUCUUGGGAUGAUGCUGAACAAUGCUGGAGAGGGAUUAAACAUUGUCAUAAUGAACGGUGAAACAGGAAACAUCACAAAGACCGGUCACUUUAACAUGUACAACAACGAAGUGGAGCCUCUCAUUGAAUUUCUGAAGAGCAUCGAGCAAGGCUCUAUUGUGCUGAUCGCAUCCUGGGACGAGCCGUCAUCACACUUAAAUGACGAAGCGAAGCAGCUGAUGGCUGACCUGGGAAGUUCUGCUGUCCACUCACUGGGCUUCAGAGAUAACUGGUUGUUUGUUGGUGGGAAAGGAGCGACAGUGAAGAGCGACUUUGAGAAGCACCUGAAGAACGACAACAAACUGAAUGAAACCGACAACUGGCCCGAGCAGCUGGAACUGAAAGGAUGCAUCCCCAGAUACAUGAACUGGUCUUCUGUGUCGGCCUCGAGGAAUAUUUAAGCUUUUCUAAACAAGCUGCAGGAACAUCAAGCAGAAGACAGACGACUUGUUCAGAGGAGUUGAGUUGGGAGAAGCUGAUCUGAGAACUGUAGGAAGGGGAGACUCUGUUAGACUUUGUUACUGUAGAGAGAAGGGGAACAGACAUGAACGUUUCACAGGAAUAUUUGUAUUUUUGUUGGUUUUGAACAUUUUGAGGGGGUCUGGAGGACGAGUUGCAUCCAUCAGGACUGCUGUGGAUCAUCUACCGUCACUACAGAAGAGCUCAGGGACGUUUAGGUGUUGGGAAACAAUCAAAUCAAUCUGUACAGAUGAUGAAUAUAGAAGAAUAUACGUCUUCAUGAUGCUGCGAGCAGCGAGACCCAGUUCCUCUACGGACUCCUGCUGCUCGUCCUGGCUGUUAAAGGUGCAUUCAGCCGUUCUUUGUCUGCUCCUAAAGUCACACAUGUCUCAUGUUUUCAAUUCUUACAUGUUGCACCUUAAAAUAUAUGACACAAUAAAUAAUACUCAAGUAUU